UUCAGUGAAGGUAGUAGAGGAGGGAGGGGAGCCAGGACUGACUGUACUUCCUGUCUGCUGUUUUCAGCUUCACUCACAGACUCAAUGGCUUCCAGAUCAGAGGAUCUCUGCUGUCCGGUCUGUCAGGAGGUCUUCAGAGAUCCUGUUAUUCUGUCAUGUAGCCACAGCUUCUGUGAAGACUGUCUGAAGAGAUGGUGGAGAAAGAGACCAACACACGAGUGUCCAGUUUGUAAGGAAAUAUCUUCAAAGAAUGAUCCACCUUUAAACCGAGCUUUAAAGAACCUGUGUGAGUCGUUCUUACAGGAGAGAGAUCAGAGAGCUUCAGAGGCUCUCUGCAGUCUGCACUCUGAGAAACUCAAACUCUUCUGUGUGGACCAUCAGCAGCCAGCGUGUGUCGUCUGCAGAGACUCACAAAAUCACACCAAUCACAGAUUCAGACCCAUCGAUGAAGCUGCACGACAACACAAGAAGGAACUUCAGGAAACUCUGGAGCCCUUAAAGAAGAAGUUAAAGGUUUGUGAAGAAAUUCAAGUGAAGUUUGAUCAAACAGCAAAAUACAUUAAGGUCCAGGCCCGACACACAGAGAGGCAGAUUAAGGAGCAGUUUAAGAAGCUUCAGCAGUUUCUAGCAGAGGAAGAGGAGGCCAGGCUGGCUGCACUGAGGGAGGAAGAGGAGCAGAAGAGUGGGAUGAUGAAGGAGAAGAUGGAGGCUCUGAGCAGAGAGAUAGCAGCUCUUUCAGACACAGUCAGAGCCACAGAGGAGGAGCUGAGAGCUGAAGACGUCUCAUUCCUGCACAACUACAAGGCUGCAGUGGAAAGAGUCCAGCGCUGCCCCCUGCUGGAUGAUCCACAGCUGCCCUCAGGAGCUCUGAUAGACCAGGCCAAACACCUGGGCAACCUGACCUUCAACAUCUGGAACAACAUGAAGGACAUCGUCUCCUACACUCCUCUCAUUCUGGACCCAAACACUGCUCAUCCAGAACUCAUCUUGUCUGAAGAUCUGACCAGUGUGAGAUAUGGAGGAGAGAGGCAGCAGCUUCCUGAUAAUCCAGAGAGGUUUGAUUAUUACAUUUCUGUCCUUGGCUCUGAGGGCUUUAAUUCAGGGACUCACAGCUGGGAUGUCGAGGUUGGAAAUAAUACAAGCCGGAUGCUUGGUGUGGUAGAAGAGUCUAUUCAGAGGAAGGGAAACACAGAGUUUGGAUUUUGGGGUGUAAUGUUCAGUUUAGGUAAAUACUCAACACGAUCACCAUCAGCAGGAUUUAAUAAUCUCUCAGUACAGAAGAAGUUCCAGAGGAUCAGAGUGAAUCUGGACUGGAACAGAGGAAAGCUGUCGUUUUCUGAUCCUGAUACUAACACACACAUACACACCUUCACACACACUUUCUUUCACAGGAUGUUUCCAUUUAUUCAAACUGGGGAUGAUGUCAAGGUUUUUCCGGUGACAAUGACGGUGUCAGUGUCAGCGUUAGUUGAGCAGGUCAGUUCAGGAUGGGUUUUUUUCUAAUGUGCUUUCCUGUCAGUGCUGCAUGUAACCAAAACCCCAAAUAUUUGGAAGAUAUUAUUGUUUAGCUUUUUGUCCUUUUUUACAUUGUGCUCUAAAGCUUCUGUGACUAUAGCUUAUUCAGUUCAAAAUUUUAAGUUUAUUUGUAAUGCAUGACAGCAGUAAGCUACAGCACAAAUGGUGGUAUAAAAUCUCUUUUGCAUUGUUUAUUAUUUUAUAUGGGUACAUGCUGUAUUAAUUAUUUUUCUGUUCUUUUUGAGUUCCCUGGCCUCCGCUCCAGUCUUUCUUGGUUUGAGUGAAAGAGGAGGUUAAGGGUGGAGCUGGUUUACAAGCAGAAGCCAAUAAAAUGGACUGAACCAUCUACUGCGAUCAUGCAGGGGGGGAAUGGCGUUCUUCUUAAAUACACACACACACACACACACACACACACUUUCUGUGUGUUCCUGGCUUAUUGGUCCCUAAUAGCGCUGUCCACCUUUUCACAUGGAAAAUCAUUUCACUGUUUCUCACUGAAUGACUCCCCAAACUAGAUUUUAAAUUCUAUCAAGUUUCUAAUCAUUACAAGUGAUUCAUGUUUCUAUGUGAUGUGUGUAAAUGGAGAUGAUUUAGUUUGCUGGGAUAUGGACUGACAUGUGUUGAAUGGGAGGAGCAGUUUGUUGUUGUCUUCUUGUCUGUUUAUGACAACAAUAAAUAUAUUGUUGAAACAAUGAUUCAUGUUUAACUCCAUAUAUGAAAUGUUUCUGAUAUUUGAAUUCUGUUUGAUUAAAGACUUUCUUCAUGACACAAAUGAG